UCGCUCGACAAUCAUGAACAUUAUCUUCGAAGGAAAACGCAUCCUUGUGACCGGCGCUGGUCAGGGAAUCGGGAAGGAAAUAGCCCUUCGUCUCUCUAAAUAUAAGGGACAAGUGUUUGCACUCUCGAGAACAAAGGAGAAUUUAAAUAGUUUAGUAGCGAUUGAUCCGAAGAUUCAACCUAUUUGCGUCGAUCUUCGCGACUGGGAUGCGACUAGAAAGGCUGUUCAAAGUAUCCUGCCAAUCGAUCUAUUGGUCAACAAUGCUGCUGUCGCGCGUCUUUCACCAUUUUUGGAUGCUACACCCAAGGAAUUUGACUUAAUUUUCGAUGUAAACGUGAAAGCUGUAUUCAAUGUGUCCCAAAUUAUAGUCGAAAACAUGAUCGAACGCAAACACGGUGGCAGUAUCGUAAAUGUAUCAUCACAAGCUGCUCAGGCGGCAUUGAAGGAUCACACCGUUUAUUGCAUGUCGAAGGCAGCUCUUGACAUGUUGACAAAGACGAUGGCCCUCGAAGUGGGACCGCACAAUAUAAGAGUCAAUAGUGUCGGUCCUACAGUCGUGAUGACGGAAAUGGGAAAAUUGGGUUGGAGCGAUCCGCAGAAAGCACAAAGUAUGAUCAACAAAAUUCCUCUCGGUCGAUUCGCUGAUGUCGAUGAGGUAGUGGAUCCUGUUAUAUAUUUAUUAAGCGACCGAAGUUCCAUGAUCAAUGGCGCCUGCUUGCCCAUCGACGGUGGUUUCUUAGUUGGAUAAACAAAAUUAUCAUCUUUAAAAAAGAAAAAAAUAUUCUAUUACUACAGGUACAGUAAUCUCCAUUUCCAAAAUUCAAUAUUUGUGGAAGUUAUGCUGUAAAUGAUAGUAAUUACCUUGUUAUGAAUGAUACAAUUUAUACGCUGCUAAUAAAAGGACUAAUAAAGAUUAUUGCAAUAUAGUUAUAUAUUUAA